CACGAUGGCCCUUUGCUAGUCCACUCAUGCAUGUUGCAUCCUUUCUCCACUCCCCCAACUCCAGAGCCACCCCCUCUAUAAAUUUGUACUGCAACCCAUGACAAAUUCUCAUCCAAUUUCUACUCUCUCUCUCUCUCUCUCUCUCUCUCUAUACACGGAACUUAUUAUGGGAAACAUGUUGAAAGAGUUGAUGGAGAUUGGAGUACCCUUAAUAAGGGCAUGGGGCCCUGGCGUCCUGAUCACGGUUAGCUUUGUCGUAGGGUUCCUGGUCUAUUUCUAUGCACCCUACUGGGGAGUGAUGAAGAUCCCGGGACCUCCCACCACUUUUCUUGUGGGUCACCUUCCCUUGCUAGCCAAGUAUGGGCCGGACGUGCUGAGAGUGUUUGCUAAGGAGUACGGACCAAUCUUUAGGUUCCACAUCGGGAGGCAACCGCUAGUGAUAGUGUCUGACCCAGAGUUGUGCAGAGAGGUGGGAAUAAAAAAGUUCAAGGAUAUAAAAAACAGGAGCAUCCGUUCUCCUACCUCUGGAUCCCCAAUACAUGAACAGGGACUUUUCCUCACAAGAGAUUCAAGGUGGUCAUCGAUGCGAAACACAAUUAUCUCCCUAUAUCAGCCUUCUCAUCUUGCCACUCUGUUUCCCAUCAUGCAAUCCCACAUCAACUCUCUCUUAGACAACAUCUCCUCAACAAAACAAGAUGAAGAUAUCCCCUUCUCUGAUCUUGCAAUCAAAAUGGCAAUCGAUAUCAUAGGAGAAACUGCAUUCGGAGUCCAAUUCAACCUCCUUAAAGAACUCUCCAACGAACACCAAAUUAAAGAUGAUAACGUCACAGGUUUCCUCAAGUUACACUCUGACUCCAUUGAAUCUCUCAAAAUGGACCUCAAUAGCUCUUUCUCCACAAUACUCGGGCUAUUAGUCCCUAUCCUCCAGAGCCCAUGUAGAGAAAUCCUUAAAAGAGUACCUGGAACUGCUGAUUAUAGAAUGUAUCAUACUAAUCAGAAACUCUGCGAGAAAAUUGACGCAAUUAUUGAGAAGAGAUUGAAAGAGAAGACAGAAGAUUGUAAUGAUUUCUUGGCUGUGGUGUUGAAUGCUAGAGAGUCUGGAUCUGGUAAGAAACUCUUCAGUUACGAUUAUGUGCGAGCACUUACUUAUGAGCAACUCCUCGCUGGAACAAAAACUAGUGCUUUUACUUUGGCAAUGACGGUUUAUUUAGUUUCUGAACAUCCUGAGGUUGAGAAGAAGUUGAUUGAGGAGAUUGAUAGUGUUCUUAAUGGGGAUGUGUUUCCUACUGCUGAUGAUCUGCAAUGCAAAUUUCCUUAUCUUGAUCAGGUGGUAAAAGAAUCAAUGAGAUUUUGCGUCGUUUCCCCGUUAGUUGCAAGAGAUACAUCAAAACAAGUUGAAAUUGGAGGCUAUCUCCUCCCAAAGGGAACUUGGGUUUGGCUAGCAUUGGGAGUUUUGGCCAAAGACCCCAAGCAAUUUCCUGAGCCAGAUGUUUUUCGACCAGAAAGGUUCAAUCCAAACUGCGACGAAGAGAAGAAGAGGCAUCCAUAUGCACAUAUCCCAUUUGGUCUCGGCCCACGAGCUUGCAUUGGGCAAAAGUUUGCGAUACAGGAGGUCAAGCUAGCAAUUAUUCGACUGUAUAGUACUUAUAUCUUUCGGCAUUCUCCUAAGAUGCGGUCGCCUCUUGAACUUGAGUAUGGUCUAGUCCUUGGAUUCAAGCAUGGUAUCAAGCUCAGAGCAAUGAAAAGGCAUGUUUAAUAAGAUCUUGAUGUUAAAUUUCUCUUGUGUUGUUGGGGUACUUGCUUUUGUUGUUGCAUUUUGUAUAAAAAUGGCGAUAAAAAGGGAAAGAAAGAAGUCAUCUUCUAUUAAAUAACAAUAAGAGACUUCGUCUUCUAUACUUUCCAACUAUGUGUUACCUUUAAAGUU